UUGUAUCUCUUUACAAGUGUUUUAUAUAUCAUAAAACAGUUUUGGAAUUCUCAAAACAUAUGCCAGGACUUACUAGUAAUGCCAGGACAAACCAGGGCAUUUGGAUCUAUAAUUCCAAAUGUAGAAUAUAGCAUAUAAACCAUCAGUCAACAUUCAUUUUGCGAUCACCUGCACAGCUGAAACUGCCACUAUAGUUAUUUUACUAUAGAAUUACUGAACCUGUGAAAGCAUUCAUUAUAACCUAAAAUUUAUUGAAGUUUAAAGUCAGGCAAUUUAUUGAAAAUAACCUCGUAAAAUAGCUGAAACUGUAUGAUGCAUUUCGGGUGAAUCAAAAACAGGCCUUCAGUAUUAUUACUGCAACAUCAGGAGCUCAACAUGGGUGGAUCCAACUCUAAGCAAUUCGAUAAUAUCGAUGGAGGCGAAGAGCAUAUUGAAUCAAGGAAUGGUGAUAAACAAUCCUCAUCUUACAAUAUUCCUCAGUUGGAGCGUGAAUAUGCUGAGAAGUUGCAAGAACUUAAAAAGAAAAACUAUGACUAUGAGAAUCUUGUCUUGGAAGGAGGGGGUACUAAAGGUCUGGCCUACUGUGGUACAAUAACUCUUCUAGAGGAUUUGGGUAUCACUAAGAACUUAAAGAGAUUUGCUGGAGCAAGUGCCGGUGCUAUGUUGGCAACUCUCUUAGCUGUUGGAUUCUCAGCUUCGGAGUUGGAGGUCAUCGUUAGGAGGGACAUGAAAAAUAUGGACUUUUUUCAAGAUGCGUCACUCGGGAAAUUCUCCUUACCCUGGAACCUUAUCAACCACCAAGGCUGGCAUCCUUGCAAAAAAGUUGAGAACCAAUUUGAAGUUUACAUCAAUGAAAAACUUGGGAAUGGCAAGCUUACAUUUUCAGAACUGUAUCAAAAGACGGGGAAAGAGUUGUGCAUUAUUGUAACGAAUUUGACCACAAUGAGCGUGGAAUAUUUCCAUCCAAAAACAACACCUAAUGUAUCUAUAGCUCUCGCCGUUAGAAUGUCUAUUGCAUUACCUGCUUUCGUUCAACCAACAGUGGUGAAAAAGCGUGGUUUGAAUCAUUGUUACAUAGAUGGUGGAGUACUCUGCAACUACCCGAUACACUGCUUUGAUGGUUGGUACCUAUCAAUGGAUCCAAAGGACAGUUUCUUCAGGAAACUUGAAGAUAUGUCUAGCACAAACAGAGAAGACACAUUUGGGGGAAACAAUGAAAAAACACUUGGACUUAUCUUGUAUUCUGGUGAUGAAUCUGAAUUCAUGAAGCAAGACCUUGAAGAAAGGUCUAUUCCCAUUACACGCCCAAACACUGAACUUUCCAGAAAGAAUGGCAAAAUCAUUGAUGCUUAUAAAGCGAGAGAGCAAGAAAGAAUCAACAUCUUUGAAGCUGCUAAGAAUUUCUGGAUGGUCCUACGAAGCAAAGAUGUGGAUAGUAGUAACACAUUCAACAUCAGAGAGCUACAUGAAGCUUUAGAGGACAGUGCCUUCAAGGUACGUCAUGCCAAGGCUCUCUUUGGUGACACCCCUCUGAAGACCAUAUUUCAAGAAAUGGAUACUGAUGGAAAUGGAGAGGUAACAUUCGGUGAAUUUAUUGCAUAUAUGGAGAAGAAAAGCGUGGAUUUCAUGUGCUACAUGCAUAAUAUGUCAGUCCAGGAUGGCACUGACACAAUUGGUGGAUAUCUCUCCGCCUUUCAGGCUAUGAUUGAAAUGAACUUGAAACAGCUAUAUAUGAAGAAUACUGAUGUGAAGAGGACAAUAGGAAUAAACACAGACUAUAUAAAAACAACAGAUGUUAUGAUUGGACUAGAUGUAAAAGAUCAAGACUUCCUUGUUGCAUGUGGCAAAGCUUCUGCCUUACAAUUCUUUACAAUGAAGAACAAAUGUUAAACAAUGUUUACCAAUUCUUAACAAUAGAGAACAAAUGUUAGACAAUGGUGACCAAUUCUUAAGAAUGGAGAACAAACGUUGAACAAUGAUGACCAAUUCUUAACGAUGGAGAAUAAAUGUUGAACAGUGUUAACAAUUUUAUGACAAUGGAGAACAAAAGUUGAACAGUGAUGAUCAAUUCUUAACAAUGGAAAAAUAAAUGUUGAGUAAUGUUGACAACUUAAUAACAAUGAAGACAAAAUGUUGAACAAUGUUUUAUCACAUGGUUAGGAGUUUCUAAGCAUUUUGAUUGGUCAAUUGUGACAACGUAUAUACCGUAUCACAUGACACGUGACUAAAUUUUAUGUGAUACGGUGGGUUGUAUUACUACGGAGUCAAUAGUAACGAUAUGACGUCACUGGUUAUGUCACUUCGUAGCUAAAGAAAACAAUAUGCCGUCAUAUUAUUUCACUAACAAGCACGAAUACAACAGUAUGACAUCAUAUUAUUUCAAAGCAAACUUUCAAUACACACAGAAUUAUAAUAGUCACCGGGAGUACAGAGUACCGA